GCCUAUCAACAGAUACAUGCACCUCCCGUUUGUAUUCGUCUGCUUUUGCUUGUCUUGUCUGCAUUCCAUCCCAGUAGCCAACGCACAUAUCGACUCGAAUACCCUGCAUUCAAGGGGCCGUACUUUGCCAAACAGACCAACACCAGCAGCAGCUUCCCGCUCACUUGCAGAUCUCUUUCAAGAAAAACCGCCGCUAAGAUUCAGCCCUGCCCCGACACUGCUCACUGCCCUGAUCGUUGGUCAAUUCUUUUCUUUCUGCUACAAGUUGCUCUAGCCCAUCCCAACUAAGGUGCUGUAAAACACGGGAUACCCUAUGUUCGUCUCAGCCUGAGACACGUCACACUGUACAAACAGUGACACUCCGUACCUUCUCUCCUCCACCUCCUGCACAACUCCCCCACAAUGCCGCCAACAGCCCACCACUUCACCCCGGUUUAUCCUCUGCAUGAACCUCAGCACUCUUUUCGUAGCAAACAGUAUGCUCCUCCUAGAAAGCGAAAGAGACAACAAGGGAACGACGAUGACAGCGAUGAUUCCGAUACGAAUGUCGAGCCGCUCCAGCCGGUGCAAUCUCACGACAUCAAUGAUCCGUACCGUGUUGCCGGAUGGCCCGAAAACAUCCCUUUGCCUGGAUCCUCGUUUCCUCAUUCCCCUGCUGUCAAACCAAAAGGUCGCCAACUAUCGUCCGACAAUCUCCAAAAGGAACUCGCUGGCCUCAAACCUCCCUUGUACGUCCCGCCUCCUGGCGAACAGGAUACUACCCCAUCGCUACGCCGUCAUCAUCUGAGUGUACUCACCACAAUAUUACACACAAGCCUUCUAAAGCAUGAUUUUGUGCGUGCAGGCAGAGCUUGGGGUAUGAUCUUGCGCACCGAUAUCAUGGGCCGACCACUGGAUGUACGCACACAUGGUCGAUGGGGUGUUGGUGCUGAGAUUUUGAUGCGAAAAUUCUCGCCUGAGAAUAUCAUUGAUGAGCAGCUCUACAACAGAACAAUCAUUAGUGAUGAAGGAUUUGAGGCCGCAAAAGAUUACUAUGAACGCUUAAUUCUACAAUUCCCGUAUCAGAAGACGAACCCGAACGCCAUAUCAUCACUUACAUUCUAUCCUGCAAUGUUUGGCCUUUGCAUCUACGAAAUCCAACAAAAGUGCAGACUGGCUUACGAGCGUACUCGAAAAGACUCUCCGGAGGUGGAACAUUCUGACUCGGAACUCGGUCUAAACGGCAAUCCAGAAGAAGAGACGUCUGCCAUCAGACGUUCAGAGUUGGCUUCUGCUGCAAGCCUCGCAGCUCGCAUGGAUGAAUUGAUGCUGUCUCCGCCCUUCGACACAUACCCAUCACUAUUACAACUGAGGGUCUCUAUAGCUCUGUGGUUAGCGGACCUGUACAGAACUACAGCCGAUUCGGACGAUGAUGAUGACGAAAACAAGGAGCGUGCCUCAAUGGAGCGGGCGAAGGCUAGAAGGUGUUUAGAUAGGUUAAAGGCUGCAGGUGUUACUGCACCGCAAAUGCUUAUGGAUAUCUCGGAUUGAUAAUCUAGCUAUUUCAUGGCUUCAACACAUGAUUUUCUUUGUAUUUUUUGAUACCCUCUGUACAAGUAAUGAAUAACACAUCCACACA